AUGACCAGUAAGACGUUGAAAUUGCUGGUUACGAAUGCCUUUGGUAUCCGUUCAAAGUUUGGCGAAUUUCAGCACACCCUUCUGGCAUCUGAUGCAGAUAUUGCUGUAGUCACAGAAACCAAGCUGACCCUGGAUAAGAUGACGCAAGCCGAAGUGACUCUUCCUGGGUACUCCCCUCCAGUAAGACGAGACCGAACACCACAGGGUGGAGGCGUGGCUGUGUGGGUGAAAUCCCACCUAGCUUUCCAAGAGCUGGAAGCUGUUCCAACCCUUGAUCAAGAAGUUGUAUGGCUUUCUAUCCGCAUAAGACCUGGCCGCAAAGUUGUCUUGUGUGCUGCCUACCGCCCAGGGUCUCUUCCUGGCAACGAUAUCAGUAUGGUAGAUUACUUGGACCAGACCAUUGACGUUGCCCGGGUGGAUGCACAGCACCUCAUCAUCGCUGGCGAUUUCAAUGCGCACAACACUGCCUGGCUGGGCAGCAGUAGAACAACUCCAGCUGGGGAGAAACUGGAGGACCUCUGCGCACUACAUCACCUCCAGCAGCAUGUGACGGAGCCUACUCGUGGAAAUGCCCUCCUCGACCUCAUCAUGAGUGACCUGGGCAACCCGACGGUCCGGCUCGGCCCCCCAAUCGGUAGAUCUGACCACGCCACCAUCUUGGCAGAAUUCAAGACAGAACUAUGUCGAGAGCCCAAGACGGCCAGAACAGUCUGGCAAUAUGGCCGCGCUGACUGGGACAGACUAAACUACCACCUUAGGAGUGUGGACUGGGAUGCCCUCAUGUCUGAGGAUGCAAACAGCAGCUGCACCAAUAUUACCUCUGCCAUCCUAGAUGGAAUGAACCAGUUUAUCCCAUCCCAACUUCUCUGUACUCGGCCCUCUGAUCCCGCUUGGUGGACGCCAGCUUGCAGCAAGGCCGUGAAGGCGAAACAGAGUGCCUGGAAGUCCCUCAAGAGACGACCAGAUUCGCCCCAAUGUCAAGCUAACUAUACUCUCGCUGUCCACCGGUCUUCUGAUUGCCUACGUGAUGCCCAGAAUCACCAUCUAGCAAUAGUCCGUGCACGACUCCAGACCGGCAGCCUUCGAGACAAACAGUGGUGGUCAACCAUCAAGCAGUCCAUUGGAACCUCCCGAAAUAGCUCCAUCCCGAUUCUUGUCGACCCUGCUGGCAAAGAACAUGCCACGAACAUUGAGAAAGCAAACUGCCUCGGUCACUACUUCGCGGAGAAAUGUAGCCUUGGUGCCAAUGACCUGCCAGACACACCUCUGCCCCCUAUUCGCCUACGCACAGGCAAUAGGCUGAAGACCGUACACUUCCGCCCUGCCACAGUCCAGCGAGCUCUCAAGAACCUGGACGCUUCUAAAGCUACUGGCCCUGACGGCAUUCCGGCGCAAGUGUUGUGA